AUGGGCGCGUAUUUGUCAUUCAUAUGCAUUAUUUUGGUCGCCGCGUAUCUUUUCGGCUUUAUUGGCAACUAUGGCGGCAUUGUGACCAAAACACCAAGCACAGACCAAACUCAAACACCGGACAAAGCACCAGUUAGUGAAGGUCCGAGGUAUACUGAUACGUGCGCACGGGCUAAUAUGGUAGGAGCAAUAAUCUAUGGGGAUGUACUGAAACAAAACGGCGACCCCAAUUACAAACCAUCCAAAACGAGAGCACUAGAUAAGGCAGGUAUGCCACAAUUCCAUCACGAAGAAAGCGCCCCGAACAAGCACCUCUGGGCCUUAUCUUUUACUCGAGGCGCCAGCGGCUAUUCAGAAAGCUAUCAAACAGUCAACCUUUUCCAGAACUGCCCAAAAAUUCCAAACAUAUCUGGCCUGUACACAACCAUUGAUGUCGAAAAACAAGCCUUUAUUGCGGCCAUUAGAGAUACCAUGAUCCGGGCAAUACAAGAAAAGGACAGGAUAGACAAGACUCUUACUGCGCUAUUAGACAUAACCGAAGACAUAAGGAUAGGAACAAUUGUUGAUAAGCUGAUCAAUAUCUUAGGUCCUGCUGCCGACCAAGUACAGGAUUUUAUAUCCCUCGACUCCGCCCUCUUACUUCACAAUGCAAUCAUGUACGAAAGUGCCUUUGGUCUUGAAUCCUCGGACAAAGAUAAGUCGUUAGUACGACAGGACAACAAUCGCCUAUUUACCACCCGGAUUAACCGUAUAGCAAUGGAUACAUUCGAUAAAUGGUCCGCCAUUCUUAAGCAGGCCGCCUUAGAAACAACCCCGCCCAAAAACCUAUCCAAGCCCGAUAAUUGUUUGGAGAGACAACUUUACCACUUCCUGAUCGACUUCGUUCGAUAUCAGACCUAUAUCCACAGUAUUCUGCACAUGCCCAGCACCCCACUAGGAAAGUACUAUGAAUUAACCAUUAGCAGCGAGCACAAGAAUAUUCUAUAUCGUAUGCUGAACAUCGACAUCAUCAAAACAAUACAAACGGCUACUCCCGAGGGAAUUGAACGCACCAUAUAUGUAAAUGCCGCGAAGAUAAGCGCCGCAAUUAACGACAUAUACAUGAAAUGGGGCUGGUCAGAGGUUUCCACAUUGUCGGACUAUAACAACCCGCGUGACAUGAUAAAAGGAACAUCCCGCAAGGCACUCCGCCUCAACCAAAUCCGCCAGCGCCUGCUCUACGAGGUGGACGGGAUUCUUUCCACACAAGAAAUCCAGGAAUGGAUAGGUUUCUUAAGUGCCAUGAACGAGCACUUUAUGGGUAUUGUAAAGGGUCUUUCUAAGUUGAAAAAGCAGUUCAAGGUGCCCCUAUCCUAUGAUUGGCCCAUGGCCAAAUCCAUGGGACAGUGUGCCAAGGCCCUCACUGGCUUCUCUUAUAAAGGCCGGCCACUUUCAAAUCCAGAUAUUCCAAACCCUCCAACUUCAUCCUAA